GUGAGUGUGCGUCUUGCGGGAGCCCCCCCGCCUCCAAAGCAACCCGCCUGCCUGCAGGACUCUGCUCUCCUCUCUGCAAGGGACAAGUUUGCCCGGAUCGCAGCUCCCUGGCUGCUUUCACCUCGCUGGGGAAGACCCGCUCACCUGCUUGCUGGGGGGUGGGGGGGCGGGGGGCAGAGUUGUGUGUGUGUGUGUGUUUCGGGGGGGAUCUUUUGCGCGCACACACACACACACCCGAGGCACAACCCCCUCCGAAGAGCUCACUCCAGAGCAAACCAUGUUCCAGCCUGCAGCUAAGCGGUGCUUCACCAUCGAGUCGCUGGUGGCGAAGGACAAUCACUUGGCUUCAGAGGAUCCCAUCCGACCCACGGCCCUCAAUUACCCCAACCCUUCCGCGGCCGAGGCGUUCGUCAAUGGCUUUCACAGCGCGGCGGCCGGCAGGUCCCUCUACAGCAGCCCGGAGCUGGUCUUCCCCGAGGCCGUGAGCCACCCCUCCUUGGGCGUCCACCCGCACCAGCUGGGCGCGUCCCAGCUCCAGCACCCGCACUCCUUCUUCGCCCCCCAGCACAGAGACCCCCUCAACUUCUACCCCUGGGUGCUGAGGAACAGGUUCUUCGGGCACCGCUUCCAAGGGAGCGAGGUGUCCCAGGAGGGUUUGCUACUGCAUGGGCCAUUUGCCAGGAAGCCCAAGCGGAUCCGCACGGCCUUCUCCCCGUCCCAGCUCCUGCGGCUCGAGAGGGCCUUCGAGAAGAACCACUACGUGGUGGGGGCCGAGCGCAAACAGCUGGCCAGCAGCCUCAGCCUCUCCGAGACCCAGGUGAAAGUGUGGUUCCAAAACAGAAGGACGAAAUACAAGAGGCAGAAGCUGGAAGAGGAAGGCCCCGAAUCAGACCAGAAGAAGAAAGGUUCCCAUCACAUCAAUAGAUGGCGGAUUGCCACCAAACAGUCCAACGGGGAAGACAUUGAUGUCACGUCUAAUGACUAGAAAGGGGGCAGGCUGCUGGCAAAUAAACCAAUGAGAGGAACAAGGGGGAGGAGGGGAAAAUACGGGGCAAACAAAACAAAAACAAAAAC